UUAAGCCGGCAAAAAGCACCCAAAAAUGCAUUCCCGCAAAAAACUAACCCUAAAUUCGCGAAAACCUUUCACCUUGAAAUCACUCUGCCACUACACUAAACUGGUGCUCUCAACAUCACACCUUCUCAAGUUCCAUAGAGAUGCAAGAUCUGUGCAACGAUUCAACACUCGAUCAAGAAGAUUAAUAAUCCAGGUUAGGCACAAUAUGAAGUCUAUUGCUACAAGGUCUGAAGUGCUUACACCUAGUACUGACUUAACUCUAGAUGAUUCUGAUGAUGAAUUACUGGAUGCAUAUAUGUCAGAUUUAGAAAAGAAUGCUAAUGCAGGGGGAGGAGGAAGUAGCAGUAGUAAGGCAGAUAAUGAUGAGGAAGAAUAUAGUGGUGAUGAAGGAGCUAGUACUGAUGAGGGAGAUAGUGGUGAUGUAGGUGAUGACAGUGAUGUUGGACAAGGUAAUGAUGUUGAGGUAGCCAAUGAUGAUGAUCAUGAUGAAGAAUUGGUGUAUGAGUCUGAGGACUGUGACAUGCUAUUGUAUGAAUAUGACAGUGAUGAUGAAGUUAGGGUGCGUGGGCAUGGAAAUCCAAAGUAUGAUCCUAAGGUGAAAGAAAAAGAAUAUGUGUUUCAGCUUGGAAUGGAAUUCAAAACUUUAAAGGACUUCAAGGAGGCUGUUAGAGGUUAUGCUGUAGAUGGGGGUUAUCAAAUACAAAUGGUUAGGAAUGACAAAUUGAGGUGUAAGGCUAGGUGUGAUAAUGGAUGUCCAUGGAUGAUUUGGUGCUCUCAGAUCAGGGGGAAAACCACAUACCAAAUAAAGACCUAUAUUAAGAAGCAUAGGUGUAACAGAAUGAUGCCAAACAAACAAGCCAAUAGCUCAUGGCUUGCCACUAGAAUGGUGGAUAAGAUUAGGAGUGAGCCAAAAAUUAGUGCUACACAGAUAUGCACUUAUGCUAAAGAACACAUGUCACUUGCUAUAUCAAGGACUCAUGCUUACAGGGCCAAGAAAAAGGCAUUAGAUAUAAUCCAAGGUAAGCACAAUGAGCAGUAUGGACAACUGAGGAGUUAUUUUAGUGAGGUUUUAAGGACAAAUAGGGGCAGUACAUGCAAUAUCAUUGUAGAUAGGGCUAGGCCUGAAGAUCCUGCAGUGUUCAAGAGAGCCUAUGUAUGCUUAGCAGCAUUGAAGAAAGGGUUCAUCGAAGGGUGUAGGCCUCUAAUUGGGCUAGAUGGUUGUUUUCUAAAGACUGUGUAUGGUGGUCAAUUACUUACUGCAAUUGCCCAGGAUGGAAGCAAUGGCCUUUUCCUUAUUGCUUGGGCAGUAGUGGAUAGGGAAAAUGGGGACUCAUGGGAUUGGUUUCUUAGGAAGCUCUUGUUGGAUAUUGGUGGUUUUGAUAACAAUAGAUGGUGCUUCAUUUCAGAUAGGCAGAAGGGCUUGGUUCAGGCAAUUGAAGGGUUGGAAAGAGAGAUGCAACAAAGAAUAGAACAUAGGUUCUGUGUUAGGCAUAUUUAUGCCAAUUUUAGUAAGCAAUGGCCUGGAGCUCACUUUAGGUGGCUAGUUUAUGAAUGUGCAAAGUCAACUACAAUGCAGGGGUUUAACAUCCACAUGCAAAAAAUUAAAGACUUAGAUGAAGCUGCUUGGAAAUACUUGAGUGACAUAAGACCUUGUUUGUGGACUAGGGUUGCAUUUUCAACCUUCAGCAAGAACGAUUCAAUUGUGAAUAACAUGUCUGAGAGCUUUAACUCAAUGAUAUUGCCAUCUAGGGAUAGGCCAAUUAUAACAUUGCUUGAGAAAUUAAGAGCUGAUGCUAUGGAUAGACAUGUGAUGCUUAGAGAAACAAUGUCAAGAAAGCAAGGGGUUCUUGUGCCAGAAGUACACAAGAUUCUGGAUAAGGAAUUUGAAAAUAGUAGGUUAUGGACAGCAAAGUGGACAGGAGAUGAUCAACAUGCCAUUUUUCAGGUUAGUAAGAAACCAGAACAAUACAUUGUCAAUGUGGAAAGGGCAACGUGUACAUGCAGGGCUUGGGACCUGUCAGGUAUACCAUGUACACAUGCUGUUGCAGCAAUUGGUUGGUGCACAAGGACCCAGCUGAUUUUGUCCAUCAAGCUUAUACUAAAGCAACCUAUUUGAGGGUGUACAAGUUCAAUGUAGAGCCAACAAAUGGAGAGAAUCUGUGGAUUAGUACUGGUGGUGAUACUGUUCUUCCUCCUCCAAUUAAUGUUGUAGUUGGAAGGCCAACCAAAAAGAGGAGAAGGGAGCAUGAUGAGCCCA